GGUUGACUUCUAUACCGUUGCAACUUGCAGCAACUUACAAGUCUUGUUAACUUGCAUUUCCUUCUACCUUGCUUUGCAUUUUCUUUCCGCUUCAAUUUUUCAAACUGUUCUUACUCUCUUGAACUAAGUUAUGGCGACUAUUGUUGGAGGAGCACUUCUUUCAGCUUCCAUGGAGAUGCUGGUGAAAAAGGUUGUUUCUGGUGAGUUUCUUGUUUUAUUCCGGAGGACUAAACUUGACGUUGAGCUGUUGGAAAAGCUGGAGAUAACACUGCUGAGUCUUCAAUCUCUACUUUAUGAUGCUGAGGACAAACAGAUCGCUAAUCCUGCUGUCAAGAAGUGGCUGGAGAUGUUGCAAGAUGCUGUCUUUCAAGCUGACCAACUGUUCGGCGAACUCAACACCGAAGCUUUAAGAUGCCAAGUUGAAGCUGAUCAGGUUCUUAAAAAGUUUUUAGAUUAUUUUAAAAGGUUUAAUAAAAGGAUCAACUCUAAAUUGCAAAAAUUAUUUGGAAGAUUAGAACAUUUGAGAAACCAAAAUCUUGGAUUGAAAGAAGCGGUUUCCAGUUGUGUUAGGAAUAUAACUCCUACAAGCCCUUUUUUAGGAGAUGAAUCUGAUAUUAAAGGCAGAGAUGAUGACAAAAAGAAACUUAAAGAGUUUCUGCUGUCAGAGGGUGGCAAUGAUGGUGGAAGUAAAAUAGGAGUGAUUUCCAUUGUGGGUAUGGGAGGGUUAGGAAAAACAACGCUAGCUAAACUCCUUUACCAUGACUGUGUUGUGAAGGAGAAGUUUGAUGUCAGAGGGUGGGCACAUAUUCCAAAAGAUUUUGAUGUUGUCACUAUCACUAAAACCAUUCUUAAAUCUGUCACUUCAGGAGCAAUUACAGAAACUGACUUAGUUAAACUAGAAGAUCACUUGCAGCAAAGUUUAAGUAACAAAAAGUUUUUGUUAGUACUUGAUGAUAUCUGGUAUGGAAACUAUAUUGGUUGGAAUAGUCUAAGUGAUAUCUUUAAUGUUGGACAAAUAGGAAGUAAGAUCAUCAUCACAACUCGAGACAUAAGAGUCGCACUACCCAAGCAAAAAUCUCUCCAUGUGCACCAUUUAAGAUCUUUGGAAACUGAAGAUUCAUGGUCUUUACUAGCCAGACAUGCAUUUGUAGAAACAAACUACCAACAACAUCCCAAUCUAGAAGAAAUUGGUAGAGAAAUUGCCAAAAAAUGUGGCGGUUUACCAUUAGCUGCAAUAGCACUUAGGGGUAUUCUCCGGUUCAUGUCACCGGAUCGUUGGAGUGAUGUGUUAAAAAGUAGUAUUUGGGAACAUACAAGUGAAGUUGUGGAACCAUCUCUGCUACUGAGCUAUCAUUACCUUCCAGCUUCUCUAAAAGGAUGCUUUGCUUAUUGUGCAAUUUUUCCAAAGAACUCAGUCUUAGUGAAAAAGACGAUGGUUCAGUUGUGGAUUGCAGAAGGCUUAAUACCUCAGCCAAAAAAUGAGAAUAGUUGGGAAAAAGUAGCUGAAGAAUUCUUUGAUGAGUUAAUGUCUAGGUCUCUGAUACGUCAACGGUCUAUUGAUGAUAAGUCAGAACAAUUCAAUGGUGAUGAGGAUGUUUGCUUUGAAAUGCACGACCUCAUCAAUGAUUUAGCUAUGGCAGUUUCUUCUCCGUAUUGCACUAUGUUGGACACAUAUAAGCCAAAUCCAAGGGUGCGAUACUUGGCAUACGACAAAUAUGAAUAUAACUCACACGAUGAAUUUGAAAAAUUGAAUGGAUUAAAAGGACUCCGAACUUUUCUACCCUUGCCAUUGCAAUCUUUUGUGUAUUAUAAUAAUUUUGUGUCGUCAAAGUUAUUUUCUUACUUGUUGUCGACAAUGACACAAUUACACGUGUUGUCUCUUUCAAACUACACAAGUAUGACAAAGUUACCCAACUCUAUUGGAAAUUUGAUUUACUUGCGAUACUUGAAUCUCUCUCACACUGGGAUUAAAACGUUGCCUUCAAAAUUAUGUAAGCUUUACAAUUUGCAGACUUUGUUGUUGUCAUAUUGCUAUGAACUCUUUGAAUUGCCAGAAGACGUGGGAAAAUUGGUGAAACUACGCCACCUUGACAUUAGAGGCACUCCAUUGAAGAAAAUGCCGGCACAAAUGUCUAAAUUAGAAAAUCUGCAAACAUUGUCGAACUUUAUUGUGAGUGGCGUUAAGGAUGUUGGGUUGAAGAUUGAAGAUCUAGGAAAAUUUCCUCAUCUACGAGGAAGUCUUUUAAUCUCACAACUUGAAAAUGUAAUUGACUCAUCCCAUGCUUCUCAAGAAAACUUGGAUUUGAAAAAAGAAAUUGAUGAGUUGGAACUAGGAUGGUCUAACAUUGCUCCUUCAAACUCACAAAUACAAAUACUUGAACGGCUGCGUCCGUCGGCAAAUUUGAAGCGUUUGACCAUCUCUGGAUUUGGAGGAGAGAAAUUAUCAAAUUGGGUGGGAGAUCCUUUAUUUGUAAACAUGGUAUGUUUGAAGAUCACAAGGUGUAAAAAAACUUCAGUGUUGACAUCCUUGGGGCGAUUAGAUAAUCUAAAAGAACUCUUUAUUAGUGAGAUGAAAUCUGUAAAGAGUGUUGGUACUGUGUUCUAUGGAAGUGGUUCUUCUUCAUUUCAACCAUUUGCCUCUUUAGAGACUCUAAGCUUUAAAAUGAUGCCAGAGUGGGAGGAAUGGGAGUUGAUUGGAGGUACAUCUAUAGAGUUUCCUAGUCUUAUACGUUUGUCACUAUAUCAGUGUCCGAAUCUUAAAGAAAACAUACCUGGCAACCUUCCUAAGCUUGAAAGAUUGUAUCUUGAAAAUUGUCCCAAACUUGAAGGGAUGACACCCAACAAUCUUCCUUCUCUUGUCGACCUUAGGUUAAGGGAUUGUCCCUUAUUGAUGGGGUCAAGACAUUCUAUUACAAACCCACCAUGUGACGUAUUCAGUCAAUUGGUGAUUUGUCUCAAUUCUCUUCAAAAGUUGACCUUAUACAGCAUUCCAUCUCUAACAUCCUUUCCGAAAGACGGUCUUCCCAAAACUUUACAAUCUCUCUCUAUCCAUUACUGUCAGAAUCUGGAGUUCAUUUCUCCUGAAUCUUUUCAUAAUUACUCAUCACUCGAGGAAUUGAAGAUCCUCGGUAGUUGUAAUUCAAUGACAUCAUUUACCUUAGGCUCUUUUCCUAUCCUCAAAAGUCUAUAUAUUUCCUAUUGUAAACAUUUAAAAUCCUUAUCAAUAGCAGAAGAUGCAUCGAAACCAAAUCUAGAGUUUCUUAGACACAUCGAAAUAGUGAUAUGCGAUGAACUGGAGUCAGUUUCCUUAAGUCGAUUACCCAUACAUAAACUCACUUAUUUAGGUUUGAUUCAGUGCGAAAAGUUUCGUUCUCUACCUGAAUCAAUAAAGUGUCUAACUAGCCUUCAAAAAAUGGAAAUUCAUAACCUUCCAAAUCUGCAAUCGUUUUCCAUAGAUGAUUUGCCGAUCACUUUGCGGGAACUGAGGGUUGGCAGAGUUGGAGGGAUUUUGUGGAAUACAACUUGGCAACAUCACACUUGUCUUUCAAAGUUGUCUCUUGUGCAUGAUGAUAUUGUGAAGGGGGUGAUGAGAACGCAAGUUCCAUUUCUAUCCACUAAUCUCGUUUCCUUACGGAUCUGUCAUCUUAAAGAUAAAGAAUACUUGAAUGGGAAGUGGCUUCAACAUCUCACCUCUCUCCAUACACUUACUAUUAGUAACGCACCCAAGCUCAAGUCAUUGCCAGAAAAGGGGGAACUGCCUUCCUCUCUCAAAGAACUGCAUAUCAUAAAAUGUCGGCUGUUGAAAGUAAAUUUGCAGAUGAAGAAAGGAAAAGAGUGGAGCAAGAUUUCUCACAUUCCCAAAAUACAUGUACAUCACAAAAUCAUCGAAUGAGUAUUACUUCAAGAGAGGAAAUCUAGCGAGUGAAUUAAGAAUGACGACUAAUUCGGUACUAUGAAUAUUGCUGCAUGUCAUUUCUGCUCACUUUAAAGACAGAUUAUGUUCCAAUAACAGGACUUCCUCAACAUUGCUGUGCAUGGCUCGGAAGUUCUAGUACUUUUCCAGAAGAGGUGAAAAAUUAAUUUAUUGUUCAUUACUGAAAGCAAGUGUGCGGAUGAAAAGAGUGGUGUAAGAUUGCUCACAUUCCUAACAUGUUUAUAGAUUAUGAAUUGAUCCUAUUCACAUGAAUAUUAUUAAUUCUCAGAUCGGGGGAAUAAAUUCAGAAUUCCAGCCGCAGACAAAUCAGAUUUUCAAGACGGUGAAGAUUCUAAGAGAACAAAUUGCAAGCGAGAUAUAAAACAAGUGUAUAUAUUUUCUCAACUGUUGGGGAAGUCAUGGAGAAAUCACGGGCCUCACAAACCAAGAGUAUCUCCGAUGAAGCAUUUAACGAAAUGAUGCACUCUACAAGACAUCAUGGUUAUGAAUUGGAAUCCCUACUUCAAAGCAUGGAAGUCUGAGGGUUGUACUUUGAUCACAUCACAGUUAUUCUGAAAAGGCGGUUGUUAAGAAUAUGUUGGAUUUUGGCAUGUCUUGUGCUAGGAAGAAGUUUGAUAAUGAUGCUUCAACCGAACUAUUUUCACAAGAUUUUGGAACAUGAAUCUAAAGGCAUCAUGAGAGUCUGGGUUUUAGAGAUUUUGGAAAGAGAGAGUUGUCAUAAUGAAGAGACAAGAAUAUAGGAGAAAGAGGCAACACUAUGGAGAAGAAGAAGAAGAAGCUUGAAGAGUUUUCAUCAAUGGUGUCAAGUAAAGAUGCAAUUAGAGACCCAUUGAUUUGCUUCCAUUGAUAAGGUAAGGGUGGGGUUCUCUUCCUAUAAUGGGGCUUAUGAAACUUUGUAUGUUGGGGAUUUGGGAAUUUAGAUUCAUUGCAUUAUCUUGUAUUGAUAGUUGCUGAAAUUGAGAUUUUAUAAAUACUAUGAAAUUGGUUGGCUGGAAUUGAUUGGAAUAAGAUUUGAUGAGACUUGAAAAAUGUUUGUGAUAAUGUUGCCCACUAUCGUUGCCUCAAUCAAUGGGUAUUAACGGGUUGUCUCUGGCAAAUACUAUUUCUAAGAGAGAGAGAGGGAGAGACAAAAUAUGGACAAAGUAUUGUAAACCCACACAUAUAGACAUUCCGCAGGAACGCCAUGGGGGUAAUCAUCAUUCCAUAUAUUUGAGAUUCAAGAUUAUUCUUCAUAAUAUUCAGUCACAUAUCUAGUCUUUCUCUAUUUUUAUUUUAUACUAGAUGAAACUGUUAGUUAUAAUUAUUUUAACAGUUUUGUUCAAUGGAUUGUCUGUUGAAUCAGAUAACAAUCUAAAAGAUUAUAUACCUAGGAAUAUUUGUGCUAUGUGUAAUGUAGCUGCAACCUUUUAUUAAAUGAAGUCUCUUGUGUCUUUAUCCUGUAACUUGAAAUGGUAUAUUGCAACAAGUCACCAUGAAAUGAGAUAGCCACCCACUUGCAAUUGGUAUAUAUAUGUAUAUAUGCUGUUACUUGUUUUCCUGUAACGCACAACAUGAGUAAAAAAAAAGAUACUAUGAAUUACUUUUAUGCACUGUAGCGAGAAACAAGAAAUAAGUGGUGCUAUGUUAUUCAAAACAGUCUCGUUCGACCGAAAUAGUUGAGUUAAGCGGUAUAAUUAGUUGCCCGGAAUUUGAUGAAAAUUUACGUGGUAGCUAAGUUUAAUCAGUAGAUUAACAUGGUGGUGUUAUUUUGUUGAAAUUGUGAUAUUUUACGAAUCGACUGAAAUUGUGUUUGGUUUAAAUAUUCUUUAUAAAUAAAUUAUAAUAAUUUAAUAGAAUUGUCAAUAGAGUUGUUAGAGUUGCUAAUAGAGUUGUCAAUAGAGUUAUUAAAGUUGUCAAUAGAGUUGUUAGAGUUGACAAUAAAGUUGCUAGAGUUAUUUUGAAUUACUAAGUGUCAUGCUUUUGUUUGUUUUGAGUAAUUCUGACAUGUUUAGAGUUGUCAGUGUAUAAUGUCGGUGUUUGCUUUUUUUCAUUGGAACUUCAACAAUUUAUAUCUUUUAAACCAUAACUCCGUUCGAGUCCCCGUUCGAAGCGUUAGAAAGCUAGCGCGAUAUUCUUUUCAAUAAAAAUGGUCUUGAGCAAUAGAAUUCUAGAAAUUGGAAAUGGAGUAGAAAUUGAAGUGAAUUAAAUUAAUAUAGUUUGAUAUUAAUUGGUUAAAUUAAUAGUUAAAUUAAUUUCAAUGUGUUUAAUUGGUUAGAAUAUAAUUUGGAAUUAGAUUAACUAUUUGGUUUGUCGGUAAAUUACGAUAUUUUGAGAAUUUAUCCGUAAUUGUGUUUUGACUUGAAUAUGUAUGUUGAGAAAUAUAUAUUAUUAUGUCAAUGAUGUUGUUUUGAUAUUGAUUCUCUGUGGAUAGUUGGAUAGCAUUAAUUUUUAAUGAUUAAUUGCUUGAUUUUAAAUGUGUAUGUUCAUAUAUAAUUUGCAAAAUGAGAAUUAACAUGAGAUAGUAUGGUUACUAGUGUUAAUUGGAUUUUGUGAAUCGUAAUUGAUUAAUUGACCUUUUAUAUGUGAAUGAUAUGUAUGUGUUGUGAAUGGUGUACAAUUGGUGGAUAAUUCAUCGAGUUGAAUUAUUGUGAUAUGCUAAAUAUUAAGAUGGUAGAGAUGAUCUUAAUUGCAUAUGUUUGAUUAACAUUGUACAUACAUUCAUAUCAUGGAUGCCUUGAAACAAAGGUGGUUUGCUUUGAAACAUAAGCGAGGCUUAGAUUCUAAAGUGAAUCGGAAGCGGUAAACUAUAUGUUUACAUUUGGUGGCUUUGAUCUUGUCCGGAUCUGAAGCGUGGCUAGAUUCUAUAUGAAUCGGAAGCGGUGGAACUUUGGGUCCACAUUGGGUACCACAUGCAUGGAGUCACAUGUCUUGCAUUGAGUCACAUUGAGGUUAAGUGAUGUUUGAAUAUAUGCAUUUAUGUGAUUGUCAUGUGUACAUGAGAUGUGAUAAUUGAAAUUGGUGAUGUUUUGAUAUAUAAUUGGUUAAACGUGUGAAUAUGUGAUAAUGAUGGAUUGUGUAUAUAUUUGGGAUAAUAGUAUUGAAUCUUUUCAGUAUUAUACUAUUGAAUUUUGUGCUUACUUGAAUAUGUGAAAUUUAUUAGAUGAUACUAUUUACAUAAUUAUGACUUGUUGUGCGAUGAAAAGUAUGUGAGACUAAUGAACUGUAGAAGUAUGAUGUGUAUAGUAGCUAUUGAUACUUGUGAGGUGAUGAUUUUAUAUGUCUGAAUCCUAGCAUGCAAUUUAUCAUACGCCCACUUAUAUGAUUUGAUAUCUCACCCUUUUCUCUUGUUUCGUCGUUGCCUUUAUAUUGGCAACGUGCAGGUAUUCAAGUAUGAAGAUUUAGUUGCCGUUACUCGAGUCGGUUGUCGCUCUGAUACGUAGCACUCUGGGGGGGACGAUUUAUACUAUUAUUGAUGUUGCUAUUUAAUUGUUUCAUUUUGGUUGGACAAAAUGUUAAGUUAACUGAAGAUAUUUUAUUGAAUACAUUCUUAAGUGAUUCCGCUGUGUUUUAAUAAAAUAAGUUAUUCUAUUUCAAGGUGCUAUGUAUCCGCUUUAUGCGACGAGGUGAUUUGUUUUGUUUUGAUUAUGUGACGCCUCAUUUGUUUAUUGAGAAAUUUUGAAAAAACUCUGAUUUAUAUAUAUUUGCCGGGUAGAAAUGGGGUGUUACACCGAAUGUCCCCCUAUGGCAGUAUCAUGGAACUCCUUCAAAAUCCAAUCAAUUCUAGGGGACUGUUUUGGAACCACAAUCCUUCCCUCAUGGUAUAAUCUCCCUCCUUUCAAUUGAAAACUUCUUUGACUGGCAGGGUCAAUCAACAAUGCUUGUACUACAGCUCUCAGCUUUUCAUCAUUCUGAACUUCUUCUUCCAAUCCUUCCCAUGCUUCACAUUGUAUAGUUGUAAUACUAGCAUAUUGCAUCUGCCUUGAUAAGGAAUCUGCUGCACUAUUUUCCUUUCCAGGCUUGUAUUUCACUUCAAAAUCAUACCCUAACAGUUUUGAGUCGUCAAUUGCAUCUGUUAAUGGGGAUCCCUGUGGGGAAUAUCUGUGCGGAGAUCCGAAGUUGGGGAUUUUUUUCCCCGUGGGGAUGGGGAUGGAGGGAAAAGUUCCCCCGAUAACACUUUGGGGCGGGGAUUGGGAAAGUAUCCUCCGUCCCCGUGGAUUCCCCGACUCCGAAGAUAUAUGUUAAUUUAUAUAUUUUAUAUAUUAUAUAAUUAUAUAAUUUUACAAUGUAUUAGAAAAUGAAGAGUCAUUAGAAGUUAUAGAUUUGUCACACAUAAUCAACCACUUGCGCUGGACGACAUCGGUAUUGUGGUAGUAAAUUAGUGGAAGCACGGUAGUAAGAAGUUAUGUUACUAUUUAUUUAUUUUUACAUAAAAAAUAUUAGCAACAUCAAGUUCUUUUGCUUUUUUUAUUUAUUAUUGAUGCAAGAUGUAUUUUGAUUUUUUUUAUAUAAUAAAGAUGCAAAUAGAUGCGUUUUAAAAAAUACGGAAAAAAAACAAAAUACUAGUGUCAUAGUUUU